AUCACACAUUUAAAUCUGAUGUUAAUUGGUGUUAUCAGCUGAUCAGCUGUGUUCCGAAGAAUAAACACUUUCACACACCGGCGAUUUGACACAGUAAACGGAAUUGCUACCAAAUAUGCGAUUAUUAACGAGCGCAAUGCUGGCAUCAAAAUUCCGCGGUUCUAUGCUAGGAGCUCUAGCUGGUGACUGUUGCGGUAGCCUGUACGAAGGAGAAAAUACCUGCGAUGCUGGGGAACGAUUAAUUUUGAAGAAAUAUUUCGACAAAUUGGAAGGACCCUAUUUCACAGCGCCGGCACAGCCCUACACAGACGACACAGCAAUGUCAAUAUGCGUAGCAAAUGUACUCAUUGAACAUGGUAAAAUUGAUCAGAAACAACUGGCUGUCCGGUUUGUCAAGGAAUACUUUACCGAUUCUCGGCGAGGAUAUGGCGGGGCGGUCAUUAACGUGUUCGGUAAAUUAAGGAAGAGUAAAUUUGUGGAUCCAUUGCAACCGGCAAGCGAGCAGUUCGGAGGAACUGGAUCGUAUGGUAACGGUGGUGCAAUGAGAGUCAAUCCCGUUGCGUUGUUCUGUCACAAAAAAACAUCAGACGAAGUCGUGGAAAUGGCAAAGCAAUCGGCUGUGAUUACACAUACUCAUAAGCAAGGUAUCGACGGAACAGUGUUGCAGGCAUUGGCUGUACAUGCAGCAUUGCUCAUGGAUCCCGAACAUCCGUUGAAUACUCAGGAUUUCGUUUCAAAUCUAAUUGACAAAAUGAAAGCGAUCGAAGUGGACGAGGAAGGCCUCGGAUUAGACGACCCUCGCCCAUUUACGAAACAACUCGAAGCAGUCUCACGCUUUUUAACAAUGAACAGCGAACCAUCAGAUGCGGAUGUAGUGAAUGUGCUGGGCAAUGAUGUGUCGGCUCUAUAUUCCGUACCAACGUCCAUCUACUGUUUUCUGAGGGCACAGAAAGCGAUAAACGGUAUCGACAGCGAGAAUCCGUUGCGACGAGCUAUUGAGUACGCGAUUUCGCUGGGCGGGGAUACCGAUACGAUUGCUUCGAUGGCUGGUGCAAUAUCGGGAGCAUAUUACGGAGAAAGUGUGCUUCCGGUGAAUUUGGUGAAACAUUUGGAAUUGCACGAUGAAAUUACGGUGCUGGCGGACAAGCUGUAUGAGGCCAGCCUGAAGGCUUAGUUUUGUUGUUAUGUGAAACCAUUUUUAGUUUUGAUAAAGGAAUCGUUGGUGUCUUUUAAAA